AUGUUUGGACUUGGGGCAAGGUAAUUAUAAAGAGGGAGGGAGAAGCUUGAGUGGGUCUGAAGCUCUAUAAGCCUCUUUCUUGGUUUCAGGAUGGGUGGGGCCAGGGCCUGGUGGGUGCAAGGUCCUCCCUGCCAGCUGGGAGGAAGAACUGGAGAAAGGUGUACAGGAGGGAAUAGGGGCUUCUGGUGCUUUUUGCAUCCCAAAGCAGCAAACUCCAUUGUGGCACCUUAAAAGCAAGCAUAUUUAUUAUGGGAAAGCAAGCAUUUGUGGACAUUUAAAAGGUGACUGUGAGGUGCUGCUUUCUAACCAUGGCACCUGCCAAAAGAUAGGAAGGAUGGUGCUCUCUGGGGUAUCUGGUUCCCCCAAAUUAGCUGGCUUUUUACCUGCAAAACUCCCAUUUCCAUUGGAUUUUUCUGCUGGAGUGUUCUGCUUCCUUCCUUCCUGAACUCAAACGUCAUCUUGCUCCCUGUACAUAUAUUCCUUUUUACAAAAUAGGGGUCUCUUUUAAAGAUGGGUGUAUCCUGCUAUAAUGGGGAUGGGAAACCUCGGAUUUGGGGGCCAAAAAGAGCCCCCCUCUUUAGCUGCCCAAGUGAGUCUUCGGAGCUACACACCCACAACGUUCACUGACCCUGUUUUACUCCCUUUUCAAGUGUUUUUGCUGAGCGGUAAUAUGUCCUUGAUCUCUGGUAAGGCCUCUUGCUUUGCUGGAUGGAGGAGAAAGAGCAGUAUGUGAGCGUGUGUAGAAACUAGCCUACUGUAUAAAGGUAAAAUUUACAUUUGUUGCACCGCCCACUUCCCCCCUGCCCCCGCCCUCCACUAGCAUGUGGUCCCUGGAAGGGGAUGUUACCCUCAGCCUGAAAAAGGUCCCUUAGAUAUAUACUCUGCCCUCUCCACACACACACACACACACCUCUCUCUCUCUCUCUCUCUCUCUCUCUCUCUCACACACACACACACACACACACACACACACACACACUUUCACUCACCCCACACACUCUGUCCCUGAAGCUCCCCUGUGCCUCUAACCUGGUUCCUGGGAACCUGUUCUACCAUUAGACAGCGUGAAGAGCUUGCCUUAGGGAUCUGAUUUAUGUAUGUCAUGAAAGGGCAGCAAAUUUCACAUUAUUUACUUUAUUAUUAUCAUUCUGCUUCUAUUGCCAGGGAAGAUGGGAGUCACUUGUGAGAUUUUCUGCCUCAGGCAGACUAGACUGGGGGCUGGGAGAAGAAGGAUGUCGUUUAUUGCUUUGCCUCAGGUCCCUUAGAUAUAUACUCUGCCCCCUCCACCCCUCUGUGGCUCUGCUUCACAUAAAGGCUGCCGUCCUGUGUGUGCUGGAGAAUAAACCUUAUUGAACUCAGUGGGGCUUAGCUAUGAUGAGUGAGGAAUCUUAAGGUAAAGGGACCCCUGACCAUUAGGUCCAGUCGUGGCCGACUCUGGGGUUGCGGCACUCAUCUUGCUUUAUUGGCCGAGGGAGUUGGCAUACAGGUUCCGGGUCAUGUGGCCAGCAUGACUAAGCCGCUUCUGGCGAACCAGAACAGCGCACGGAAAUGCCGUUUACCUUCCCGCCGGAGCGGUACCUAUUUAUCUACUUGCACUUUGACGUGCUUUCGAACUGCUAGGUUGGCAGGAGCAGGGACCGAGCAACGGGAGCUCACCCUGUCAUGGGGAUUCAAACCGCCGACCUUCUGAUCGGCAAGUCCUAGGCUCUGUGGUUUAACCCACAGCACCACCCACGUCCCUGAGGUAUCUUAGGACUAUGCUUUAAGUCAAGGGUGGAGAACAUCUGUGACUCUCCAGAGGUUGCUGGAUGCCAACUGCCUGAGCAGCCAGCAUAGCCAAUGAGCGGGGAUGAUGGGAGCUGUAGUCUGGCAACAUCUGGAGGGCCAGAGGUUUCCUACUCCUGCUGUAAGUGUCUGUGGUUGAAAAGAAUUGAAUUAGCCCAGCUGCUAAGCCCACAUGCCAUGGGCACAAAUUUCUGUGCUUUACGUUUUUGUGUCCUUGGGCUGAUGGGAGUCAUAGUCCAAAACCCAUGAAUGAAAACAGGGGGGCAAAGUCUGGAUGAGUCUGUGUAAAUUCCCAGUUACUUUAGAGCUCCAAGCUCACUUUUGGUGCUUCUGUUUUCCUCCCCAAGCCCCCAGUUCCCUGAUGCUGAAUCCUGGUGGCAGAACCCUCCGUCUCUAGCCACUGCCAAUUCCCCCUGGGAUGCGACUGAAAUCUCAGCUUGGCAGAAGCACCUGGAAGAAGAGACCAAGCUGAGUCCUCUGGAAGAAGAUAGAAAGGAGCUCCUGGAAGUGGAAGACCCUGUGAGUCUGAACUGUGGUAGCCCCCAUAUGUUGUUGGACUCCUAAAUCUUUUCCAGCCAGCAUGGCCAGGGAUGAUGGGAGUUGUCAUCCAACAACAUCUGGAAGGCACCAUGUUGGCUUCUUUUGGGGCAGGAGAAACAAUAACAGAAAGAGCCUCUAAGGCAGAGUUUCCCAAACUUGGGUCUGCAGCUAUUUUUUGGACUACAACUCCCAUCAUCCCUAGCUAGCAGGACUAGUGGUCAGGGCUGAUGGGAACUGUAGUCCUAAAACAACUGGAGACCCAAGUUUGGGACACCCUACUCUAAGGGAUGACUUGAAGGCUGUGGCCCUCCAGAUGCUUGGACUCCCAUCACCGCCCCCCCAAACAGCAUGGUUAUGGUUGAUGGGAGGUGUAGUAGCAGCAACAGCUAGAGGGCUACUGGUUGAGCCUCAUCUUUAUAGGAUGGCAUUAAGGUAUGGUAAGGUGUGCUGUGCAAAAUCAAUGAGGAAAUGGGCUUUUUCAGCUGUGCUGCCCCAGUUUUGGAAUACCCUCUGCUGGGAGGUUUGUCUGACACCAAUGCUGCUUUAAUCUAGGUCAACACUCACCAAUCGUGUGCUUUCCAGAUGUUUUGGACUACAACUCCCAUCAGUGCUGACUAGGGGUGAUGAGAGUUGUAGUCCAAAACAACUGGAGUGUACCAGGUGGGUGAAGGGUGAUCUGGGGGAUGGAUAGAGCCCUUGUUUGUUCAAGGCAUCUAAAGUACAUGUUUAAAGUAUUGAUCUGGCUGCAUCUUUUAUAUUUGCUUUUAUGUAUAUUUAUUGUGAAGUCAGCCUGUGAUCAGUUUUGAUGAAUGGUGGAUUUAUGGUUGCUAAGCUUAAAUACGUAAAAAAACCAAAAUAAAAUCCAAAAGGGACCAGCUUCAAGGGUGCUUUCUUGCAACAUGGUUUCAUUGGAGCCAGAAAUAUAUUGCUGAGAGGCUGUCUGUGCAGCCGGGUGAGCUGGUUGGGUUAACUGACUCAGGUGGCAAACAGCAAACCAUCUCCACUUCUGCUGAGCCUUACAAAGUUGUGUGUGUGCAUGCACAUGCACACACGCACACCUAUCUACUUAACCAACAGUGGAACUUCUAAGUUUGCAAAGAGCUUUGGAAUUGGAGGUCCAGAAGCCUGAGCUUCCCAAUCAGAAUGGGCAACCUGGUUUUGCACAAGAGUCUCACUCAUUCCCUCCUUGAACAGAAGCUGGCUGAGGAUGGGCUGAUUACUCUGCUGUGCUCCUUCAACACAACCCUGUGCACCUCUCUUAUUGCCUCCUCCCCCAAUCUUGCUAUGCAGGAACUGGAGGCCAUCAAGGCCAAGGUCCGUGAGAUGGAGAAGGAGGAGGAGUGGCUGCAGGAGCUGCAGGCCGAAGCAAAGAACCUCAUCAUGAGAUCAGAGGCAGGUACGGUUUUCGUGUGUGUUUUAAGGGUUGGCUGACAGCAGCAUGCUGUUAUCCCAAGCGGCUUCACUGUGUGAUUCCAAAAGAUAUGUGUGCCCCAGAAGACCUUGUAGCAUUGGACAGUGCCACCUCAAGUGCCUGCAAGUGAAUGGAGAAAGGGAGUCAUAACUGGGCAUAUUAGGUUGCAAGUCUUUGGGCAGAGCCUGGUUUGCUCCUUUGAACAGUGCCUAGAUCCAUUGGGAAUCGCAAGUGGGAAGGGCACUGCUGGGGAUGAUGAUAGUUGUCAUCCAAAAGAAAUGGAGGUUACUAGGCUGGCAAAGGCUUUUAGAAAAGAAGCUGUGUUAAGUAUAACUUCAGUAAAGAUUGCAUGGACAGGUAUUAUGAGGACACUACAAGUCAUGAAAGCCAGCUUGCUGCAGUGGCUGAUAGUCCGGUGGAAAGACAGGGGAGAACUGCAUUCAGAUCCUCGCUCAGCCGUGAAGGCUAGCCACUACUUAUGCUCAGGCAGACCUUCCUUGCAGGGUUGUCUUGAGGUUAAAAUGGAGGAGGCCAUUUUCCCUGCCUUUAACUCCUUUUGAAACAGGUGGGAUAUCAAUGUAUUGUGUGUGUGUGUGUGUGUGCGGUCUUAUUUCAAAGGGCUGAGAGCUCAGAAGCAGGUUCUCAAAACUCAGAAACUGAGCUCCAACUCCCAUCAGCCCCAUCAAGGCAGGACAGUGGUCAAGGAAGAUGGGAGUUGGAGUCUAGUAACCUCUGAAGAGACACAGGUCAACCACCUCUGGCAUACCACGAUUCCCAUGAGGUCUCCUCCUCCUCCCUUCCACAGGACUUGGUUUGCCUCGGGCAACUCAGGAAAAAAUGGAAGUUGACCAGCGCUCUGUCUACGUGGGAAAUGUAAGUGAGAUGGGGCUUCAAGGGAGCUGGAGCAGCAUUGAGUGUCUGGGCUAGAGACCCUGCAGAACAGUCUCCCCUUGUUGCUGUGAUGCCAACCAGUUGACCGCAAAACACAUGGUUAGGAUACGAGAACAGUCGUGAUUGGCAGGCAUGAGCUUCAGCACCUGUCUUCCAAAAAUUAAGACACGUUAACUCCCAGCAAUUAGAAGAGGGCAGGAGGAAAGGGGCUUUUAGGAUCUGGUACAUCCCCAGCAUGUGGUUAAAUAGUCUCUUGCUGCAGAGGCUUUGCUGAUCUUUAUAAAUCACUGUGUACUCUCAUAAGAACACACUGAGUCAGUCCAUUGCGGGCUGCUCUGUCAGGCCUUCUUGGUAGCGGUUCCCUAUUUAUGGAAUGCCCUCCUUGUUGAGGUGUGUUCCUCUCCCUCAUUACCGACUUUCAGGAGGAAAUCAAAAACAUCCCUGCUGACCCAGGCAUUUGAUGUCUGAAAGGCAGUGUUCCUGGCAGCCCUGAGAACUGAUUUUAGAAUGGUUCCCCUCUACUCCAAAAUUGUUUUGUUGUUGAUGUGCUUGCUGCCCUGGGCUCCUCUGGGAGAAGAGGGGCAGGAUAUGAUUUGAAUUCAUCACCACCAAGCUCAAUAUUGUCCACUCUGGCUGGCAGCAGCUCUCCAGGGUUUCAGACAAGGGGACACCCCCAGCUCUAGUUGGAGAUGCCAGAGAUCGAACUAGGGACCCUCUGCCAAAAGCAGGUGCUUUCCCCACUAGCCUCUGCCUCUUCCCUGAAUCGUUGGGCAGUGGGGCAGAAGUCUGGACACGUGUGAUGUGAUCUUUAUAGGUGGAUUAUGGUGGAAGCGCAGAAGAGCUGGAGUCCCAUUUCAACAGCUGCGGUCAGAUCAACAGAGUUACUAUCCUCUGCGACAAGUUCUCCGGUCAUCCUAAAGGGCAAGUGAUUUGAUGGUGGGGAAGGGGGGCAGUUGUGGUUUUGAAGGAUGGGGUGGCUGCCUCUCUUGAGGACCAGGUAGAUGGAUGGGAUGGCUUCCGGGUGCCAGAGUGAAUGCAGACUGGGGGGGACUGGCUCCUCCUCUUUGCUCGUCUCAUGGCUCACAGGAGGGCAGAUGGAACAAGCCAAGAUGAAGAAAGCGAUCAUCCUGCACAUGUAGGGCUCUGGGGAUCAGCCAUGAGCAACAUGGCUGGGUGUGGGCCUUGCCAGGUGCCCAGUGAGUCUGACCCCUGAGGCUGCCCCUCUGGAUCAGACAUGUUCCUCUCUGUCCCUCCACUCCUGGCAGUGCAGAUUGUAAAUGGCUGAGUAGCCAUCAUGUCUUUCUGAAGGUUUUGUAUUGCUCCAGCAAGUCAUUGAGAUGAAGAGUGCUUCCAGAAGGCUUGUUUACCAAGCACUAAAAGCCUCAUACCCAGCGUUGCAUGGGAAUUAUAAGGAACCAAAAAAUCAUUGUAAUUUUGAUAUCAGUGGGUUAAAAUCAGUGCACUUUUGAAGGGUUCAGUCCACCAUCUUGAUUCACAGCGGCAUCCAUUUGUAUACAAACGGACAGAAACCUGCUCUUUGACCUCAGGAAACUAUCACACAAAAUUUGGUUACAGUAUCUUAAGAGGUGUCUAAAUGCAUAGAUAACAAAGAGACACACAACUUUCUAAAAUAGUAGAUUCAUCCUGAUUUGUUUGCAUGGACGCACUAAGACAGGGGUGACCAACUCCCAGAGUUAAAAACUGACAGUGAUCUACCCCCUUUUUGGGGGUUCAGGUCAGUUGUUGAGCCUUUUUUAGGGUAGCCGAAGUUCUUGAGCUUCUUGGCGGGGGCACUGAUCUGCCAUAGGCAUCUGGUGAUCUGCCAUAGGCAUCUACCUAUUGGACAUGCCUGCACUAAGACAAUGCUGGCUAUUGAGGUAGCAUUCAGCCUGAUUUGUUUGUGGAGGAGGCAACGUUGCAACAAAGAUAGUGUUAUCUAACAGUUUCCAGUGCAUUUUGCCAUCACUUUCCUUACCACAAAAUGGCCAGUCUUUUGGGGAAGCUGGCUUGUUUUUCAGGAGCUUUGAAUUCACUCUAAGUGCACAACCUGAAUUGGCAGGGAUGUGAUUGAAUCACACCUGAAAAUAGAGACAGUCUGGGGGCACAUAAAGAUGCAAUGAGGAGGACAAAUCUGCUUCCCAUUGUGGCCCCAGGGGGAAUACACAAGUGCAUCUUUCUCCCAUCAGAAGCUUGCAAAUUGGCCCCAGGUGACUUUCACAGCUCCUCCUGUUGUUGCAGGUAUGCCUACAUUGAGUUUGCUGACAAGAGUUCUGUGAAGGCUGCUGUGGAGCUGGGCGAGAGCACCUUCAGAGGCCGCAUCAUCAAGGUGUGUAUCAUGGGAAGAGGAGGGGUGUCUGGGGAUGCAGAACCCUACCUUGGGGGUGUGGGCUUGUAUUUCUAAGUGGGUAGGGGACCUGCUUUGCAUCCAGAAGGUUCCAGGCCCAAUCCCUGGCACCAACUCCCCAUAAGCAGCUGAUGGGAAAGGCCUCUCUCUCCCUGAGACCCUGGAGGGCUGCUGCCAAUCAGAGUAGACAGUACUGGUUUAUGGGUACCUAUAUACCUUUCCCUAUCUGUGUCUUUCCAAAUGUGGGUGUGUUGCUUUCCAAACUGGCCUUUCACUUCCAUUCUAUGUAACUACAGCCCAGUGUUUCACUUCUGUGCAAAAUUUCAAGGUGCCUUCCAUCAUGUGUUCACAUCCCAGUCCAAGAUGGAAAGCGAGGGAUGUGGAAACUUGCACCCUCUGCAGAUGUUGGGCUCGAUCCUUCCAUCAGGCCCAGCCAGCGUGGACAAGGCUCAGUCAGGGCUGAUGGGCAGUGUAGUGAAACAACACCUGGAGCGGGGGGCAGGCUCCCCAUCUCUGUUGUAAGUGAUGUGAGCUAAUUUUGUGGCACCAUGUUGUCUUUGCUUCGCUUCAGGUGUUGCCCAAGAGGACCAACAUGCCAGGCAUCAGCUCCACGGACCGGGGUGGUUCCCGGGGUGCUUUCCAUGGCCGGGGGGCUCUGCCUCGCCGCUCCAGUUUCUGUGGAGGGCAGCGUUUAAGGCCACGUGGAAGGGUGCACAGGUGAGUGGACAGCAGAAGAGUGUUUGCCAGUCGAACAUCACAGUAAGGCGAUCAUUCCAUCAAUACAAGCAUUUCUGUUUGCCAGAUGGGAUGCUCUUUCCUCCUCUCUUCCCACACCCCAAUGCUGUCCAGAGGGUUUUCCUGAGCAGAUUUGUUUGUUUGUGUGUGUGGAGGAGAGUCCCAUAGCACUCUCAGGACUCAUUCUGCUGGUUUCUGCUAGCGCAACAACUUAGUUACAUCCAGCCCUGGAUGUCUGAGGCUAGGAACUGAAGGAGAACGGAGGACCUCUUCCUGCUAUAUACCGUCUUUCUGGGGGACGGUAUAAGAUGCUAGCACAAUCUGCCACUAGAAGCACAUUGGCUCCUGGGUGCUGCUGCUGUCAGGCUGGCUCAGCAUCACCUGUGCAUCUGCAUGGCCAGCAGGGCCUGUAAGCUGCACGCAGACAAGGAGUUGGACACCUUAGUGGUGCCCAUGGGCAGCAGUUCUCUUUUCCAUAUCGGCAGGAACAGAAAUGAGCAACCCGUCAGCUCGGUAUCCCAGAAAGAGCAGCUGGCAUGGAGUGCCCCUGAGAGCGAGUGUGUCACUUGUGCUGUUCUGGCUUGGCUUGCACUUUCAGCAUCCCCAAGUUGUUUCCGGGGGGCGGGGGGUUGACACCUUUGCCCUAGAUGAGCCGAAAAACAACUUUUCUGUCUUUUGCAGGAUCUAA